GGAAGUCGGGCUGGGUAGGGUGCGCUGCUCUCUGCAUUUGAACUGUACAGCCCAGAGCUCAAACAAGCAUCUUCAGGGCGCAGGCUGGCAAUACCCGGAGUCAAGGGGAGACGGGCAAACUCAACAGCCUGUAUGGUGAAGCAGUGACCGGGCUACAUCUCCACCAACAUCACCGCCACUAGAGCCCCACCGAGGCUCCCCGAGGUGGACCUGUUUAGAACUGUUUAAAAGAAUGGCGGUUUCCCGACCCCAUAGGACCUGUUUUUGGCUCGCCAUCUGCCUGGCCCAGGUAUUGCUAGCGACGUGCCAACAAGAUGCUGUACCCGCAGAGGACCUGACGAGCUGUACGGAGGAUGGUCAGGUGUACCCCAACAACGAGAUCUGGAAGCCCGACCCCUGCCGGCUGUGUGUGUGUGACAUGGGCACGGUCAUCUGCGAGGACAUCCUGUGUGAGGAGAUCACCAACUGCGAGAAGGUGACCAUCCCAGAAGGAGAGUGCUGCCCUGUGUGCCAAAACUUUGCCAGCGCAUCGGGAAAAACACAAUUCAUUGCAUACCAGUUGAAGGGACAGAAGGGAGAACCUGGUGACAUCCCAUAUGUUGUCGGUCCAACGGGUCCACCUGGAGCAACGGGAACGCCUGGUUCUGUGGGAACGAGAGGUCGCGCUGGAAUGAAAGGAAGACCCGGUUUGAGAGGUCCCCCAGGCUUCGAUGGGGAGCCAGGAGUUCCAGGCAAUCCCGGACCACCUGGACCUGAUGGACAGACUGCACCUCCUGGGAGCCAGUUUGCUCAACAGAUGGCAUCGGGCUUCAACGAGAAGUCAUCACUGGCAGGAAUGGUCACAGGAUCAAGGGGUGAAUCAGGAGCACGGGGAGAGCCAGGACCAGGAGGCGCACCGGGACCGAGUGGUGCUCAGGGUGUCCCUGGAGACAUUGGGGAGCCAGGACAGAUGGGCUCAUUCGGCCCCAGAGGCCCCGACGGGCCCCAAGGAAAGCCUGGAUUGGAUGGAGAGGCCGGACCAGCAGGAAACACAGGAGAGCCGGGACAUCCAGGAUCCCAGGGUGCCAGAGGAUUCCCAGGCCUUCCAGGACAGCCAGGACUGAGGGGAAUGAAGGGACAUGCUGGCCUACUUGGAUCCAGAGGUGAAUCAGGGGUCGUGGGGUCUAAGGGAGAGUCAGGCAAUCCUGGAGGAAUGGGUGCACCAGGCCCAAGAGGUCCACUUGGUUUGCCAGGAGACAGAGGCAGGCCCGGGCCCUCUGGUCCAGCGGGAAAGCGAGGCAAUUCUGGUGAUGUUGGUAAACCAGGUCCAAUGGGACCAAUGGGUAUCCCAGGAGGUGACGGCUUCCCAGGCAAUCCAGGAAUGAAGGGUGAGGCCGGGCCUACGGGAGUGAGGGGUACUGGGGGUCCCCAGGGGAUGAGAGGAGACACGGGCAGACAGGGCAACCCAGGACCCAGCGGCCUCCAGGGAGCUGCUGGCACAGAUGGAAAUCCUGGAUCUAAAGGACCAGCGGGUCUGCCGGGUAUUCAGGGCCCCAUCGGUCUUGGAGGGCCCAUAGGCCCCCCCGGCCCUCAGGGCACCACCGGCUUCCCAGGGGUCAAAGGUCAAUCGGGUGAUAAUGGAGCUGCAGGAUUCAAAGGAGAGCCUGGCCUUAAAGGAGAAACUGGAGCCCCGGGCGCCCAUGGUGAGAUGGGUCCUAUGGGAGAAGAGGGCAAGAGGGGACUCAGAGGAGACGCUGGAUCACAGGGAGCUGCUGGACCCACUGGAGAGAGGGGAGCUCCAGGCAGCAGAGGAUUCCCAGGUAGCGACGGUCUUCCUGGUCAGAAGGGAGCCCAAGGUGAGCGCGGAGGCUCCGGGUCUUCUGGCCUGAAGGGGGCAGCAGGUGACCCUGGCCGUCUGGGGGAGCCAGGACUUCCUGGAGCACGGGGUUUGUCAGGGCUGUCUGGAACUGCAGGGCCCGAGGGCAAACUGGGACCUCAGGGAAGUGCCGGAGAGGAUGGAGGUCCGGGACCAGCGGGUCCGUCCGGAACUAGGGGACCAGGAGGAUCACUGGGUCUGCCCGGUCCAAAGGGAUUCAGUGGUGAUGCUGGCAAGAUGGGAGAGGCUGGAACUCCUGGUGUCCCUGGCCAGAGGGGUGGGAACGGCAAAGACGGAGAGGAAGGUGCAGCAGGCCCACCUGGUCCAGGCGGUACCGCAGGGAAGAGAGGAGAGCAGGGCGCACCCGGUCCUAAUGGAUUCCAGGGACUGCCUGGACCUGCAGGGCCACCAGGAGAAGGAGGAAAACCAGGAACUGAGGGAGUCAAUGGAGAGACCGGACCUUCAGGAGCAACUGGACCCAGAGGAGAGCGCGGUACUCCAGGAGAAAGAGGAGAGCCCGGACCCAAUGGGCUGAACGGCCCCAAAGGCCUGUCUGGCACACCCGGACACGAUGGACUCAAGGGCAGCGCGGGACCUAAGGGUAACCCUGGUGAGCUGGGACCCCCAGGACUGCAGGGCAUGCCAGGAGAGAGAGGGACCACCGGAGUCGCAGGACCUAAAGGAGAGAGAGGCGGUUUCGGAGACAAGGGCGGUGAGGGCAAAGCUGGAGCUGAUGGCGCAAGGGGAUUGCCUGGCCUACUUGGACCUGUCGGCCCAGCCGGGCACAGUGGAGAGAAGGGUGAGUCUGGACCAAGAGGCCCUCCUGGAAACCCUGGAUCCAGAGCUAUCGCUGGUUCUCCUGGUGAGCCUGGUCCCACUGGUGCUGUUGGCUUCCCUGGACCUCCUGGUAUUGAUGGGCAACCAGGCAAAAAGGGAGACCCAGGCGAGCCUGGAGCCAAGGGGGAGGCCGGAGCAAAUGGACCCCAAGGAAUGGCAGGCAAAUCUGGGCCAAGGGGAGGUACUGGAGUGACCGGACUGAAGGGAGCUAGAGGAACUCAGGGAGCCACGGGACCAAGCGGAUUCCCUGGCUCCUCUGGCAGAGUUGGACCAAAUGGUGGUCUGGGUGCCACGGGUGCGGCGGGUACCAUCGGUUUGCCAGGUAAGGCAGGAGCUAAGGGCAUCGGCGGAGAGAAGGGACCAAUGGGCCGCGUCGGGGAGAGAGGAGCACAGGGGUCCGCUGGCAAAUCAGGAGACAAGGGAGACGCAGGGGAGGACGGCCCAGAGGGUCCCACAGGUCCCCCAGGUCCAGCUGGCACUACGGGCAUGAGAGGUCUGGUUGGCCUGCCCGGCAUGAGGGGAGAGAGGGGCAUGAUGGGACUGGCAGGACCUGCCGGAGCACCAGGUAAGCAGGGUCUGUCAGGGGGUUCUGGUACCAAGGGACCACCCGGAGGAGCUGGGCUGCCAGGCUUACCAGGACCACGAGGAGAGGCUGGACCACAGGGUGCUGCAGGAUCUGAUGGCAUUCCUGGAAAAGAUGGUAGCCUUGGACAGAGGGGUGACAGAGGCGCACCUGGUCCUGAUGGACUGGCAGGUGGGCAGGGUUCAGGCGGAACACCUGGCCCCGUAGGAGCUCCUGGAGACCCAGGGAAGAGAGGCAAACAGGGUUCUAGAGGCCCUCCAGGUCCUGGCGGUCCAGCUGGCAUCCGUGGCAAAGUGGGACCCCAAGGCCCACAGGGUGACAAGGGCGAGAGGGGAGACAAGGGUGAGAGGGGACAGAAGGGACACAGAGGCUUCACUGGACUGCAGGGACUCCCUGGAUCAGCUGGCCAAUCAGGAGAUGCGGGUGCUCGUGGUAUUGUCGGACCCAGUGGAGGAAGGGGAAUCCCCGGCCCGUCUGGCCCCACUGGUAAGGAGGGAGAUCAGGGUGUUCCUGGACCUCAAGGCUCCCCUGGCACCCGUGGAGACUAUGGAGAGCUUGGACCUCAGGGUCCCCCAGGUGAGCCUGGUCCCCCCGGUCCCCCAGGAGAGGCCGGCCCCACCUCAGGUGUAGUGGACCAUCUGUUCGCCGCCUUCCCCUCCGACUACGAGGGUGAAGACGCUGGAGAUCAUCUGGCCGCCGACGUGCCCGCAGGAGCUGACAAGCUCCCCCCAAUGAAGGCCGCCGACGCUCCCAAAAAGGCGGAAAGAAAAGCAGCCGACAGCCCUCUGCCACCCCCUGAGGUGAAUGGAGAUGAGGCCAACCCCAUCAGCAACACCAUUGGUGCAGUCGGAGGGCAGGGCGGGUCUAACGGCAGGGCCAAGGCUCACGUGGAUACGGGCAUCCAGCUGUCAAUCAAGGAGCUGAGCAGCCAGUUGGAGAACAUGAGGAGUCCUGAUGGCAGCAAACAGCAUCCUGCACGCACAUGCGAUGACCUCAAACGCUGCUACCCACACAAGAAGAGCGGCGAGUACUGGAUUGACCCUAACGAGGGCAGCCUUAACGAUGCCAUCCAGGUCUACUGCAACAUGGAGACGGGCGAGACGUGCAUUGAUGCCAACCCCGCCACCGUGCCACGCAAGGCCUGGUGGCACUCCAACAGCAACCACUCCAAACCCAUCUGGUACGGUGGCAACAUGAACGGAGGAACUCGCUUCACCUACGGUAGCCAGGGCACGUCGCGUAACUCUGCGUCCGUGCAGCUGACCUUUGUGCGCCUGCUGUCCAAGGAGGCGUCUCAGCGAAUCACCUUCCACUGCCGCAACAGCGUGGCCUAUCGCGACGACAAGGCCGGCAACCUGAAGAAGGCCGCCAUCUUGAAGGCUGCCGACGGAACUGACCUCCGCGCCUACGGCAACAGCAGAACCAAAUACACCGUCACCGAGGACGGAUGCUCCGGUGCUCCUAAGGACUGGGCCAAGACGGUGUUUGAGUACCGUACCCAGAAACCCACCAGACUGCCCAUUGUGGACUUUGCUGCUGUGGACGUGGGCAAAGCUGAUCAGGAGUUCGGCAUCGAUAUCGGGCCUGUGUGCUUCUCCUAAAACACCCCGGGGAAAAUACACACACUAAUAAUUAAAGAAUUCAACAGCCAUUCCUUGGCAGAUGAGACCAAAGGGAGACUCGGACUUGAUGCUGAUAAGAUCAGCACACUCCUCCCAUGAGAUUCUAGUAUUUAUUGUGCGUUUUCGGAUUAUCAACGCUAAAUGUCAAAUUUACUUACAAGGAGACAGGGAUACUUUGGAGCCAUGUUGAUGAUUGAUGUUUUAUUUUUUUCCAACCACAACAGUAUUUUUCUUUUCAAGUGGAACUUUGUCAGAAUUCCUACUGAUUGGGGUUGAGUUUUAGAGGGGAGGGCCCUUUUAAUCAUAUGAAAAUAAGUUGCCAAGAUUUUUUGUCCAUAAGAAUUUACAAUAUGUUUUUUUAUUAUUAUUAUGUGCAAUCACCCCUUUUUUAUAGCAAUAAACAAUAAAAUGACCACAUGCAAUAAGUCUUAAAAGUUUUUGAUAUGUUAGUUAUUUAUGUUGAAUAAAUAAUUAUUGUCCUAAUUAUUUGUUAUUUCUUCGAGGUGGUGCUAAAUGAACUCAGGACAGUCCGUCCUUGUCAUGUCCUUGAGCUGUCCUUGAUAUGUUUUAAUACCUCUCUCUGCCCAGACGCUCAGAGUCAUUCCUUGGGGGGAGCUGGGUGGGGAAACAUGCAUUAAAGACGCCCCUGGACGGAGAGCAUCGUGUUUGUGUC